AUGAGCCGUUCGCAAGGACCUUCCUCCCUUAAGAGGAAGAGGCCGGAGUCGAAUUCUCUGUCGCAAUCUCUGACUGAUCAGGAGCGUAAACUGUAUGAUGUGAUCCGAAGCAAACAAGAUAUGGGAAUCUGGACGAGAGACAUGAAGAGAGAAACCAACCUCCCAGACAAUGUUGUUAAUAAAUCUCUCAAGGCUUUGCAGGCCAAAAAUUUGAUCAAGGAGGUGGUUAACAUCCAAAACAAAGGGAGGAAACAUUACAUGGCUACGGAGUUCCAGCCCGCCAAGGAACUCACCGGAGGGUCGUGGUACGUGGAAGGGAGCCUAGAUACUGAAUUCAUCAAGAUAUUGAGAAAGUUCUGUGUGGAUUUCAUAGCUGAGCUCAAGGUUGCCACACUGGAGAAAGUUACGGAUUUGAUCAGAAGAAAUGGAGUCUUCGCUGUUGACGUGACGCAACAGCAGGUGGAAGAGAUUGUGAGGACUUUGGUUUUGGACAAUGAGAUUAUGGAAGUGAAGAGUAAUGGAAUGGGGGAGUUUGCUUCCGUUCCUAUCGGAAAAGUUUGCUAUAAAUUGAUCGGCAAGGGUGGCCUCGGAGGUGAACUAAAAGCGAAAACAGGGGCAAUGGCUUCCAUUCCUUGUGGAGUGUGUCCAAGGAUAAGUCAUUGUACACCUGAUGGCGUUAUCUCUCCAAAGACUUGUGUCUACUACACCAAGUGGUUGGAUUUCUAA